AUGGCUCAGGUACUCACAUCAGUCAUCCAGACGACAGGACCCAUUACAAUGCCCUACUCGCCGUCCGAUGCCUACAAAAACACGCCCAACCACCCCAACCAACAACAACAGCGGGCCUCGCAGAUGCCGCGCAACCAGCAAAAUGGAAACUCGGGAGGCACUGGAUACAGAGGGACCGCCGCACCCAUAGCCCCGUAUGCCUUCAACAGCACGCCCCAGCUGCGCCAGGACAACAGGUCUGCCUCGACACCAGCCCCCCAAACCCUGCAGCAGCCUCCCAGCCACGCCAACCAGACACGACUCGGCCACCCCUCUCACCCCUCCUCAUCCUCCGAUUCCACAGUCUCCACCUCUGGCUCGUCCAACCGCUCGUCGGCUGGGCCACCCACAGCUGCCAGAGAUGACCGCGACACCAAGAAACCUUACGACUCCGCUGCGCCCUCCAUCACGCUAUCCACCUCCAUACCCGAUCUCUCGCUUUCAAUAGGCGAUACGCCUGCCAAGCCCUCACCAGGACGAUACAGGCGAGGCGCUGGACGGACAGACUCGUCCAACAGCAUUCCGACCGGUGCCUCUACCCCGACGCAACGCUCUACAUCAGGAGGAAACUCCCAGAUGGGACCCACGCAGAAUGACGGCCCACAUCCAUUCAGGCCAGGGCACAACCGAGCGAACAGUGCAGAUGAUACGCAAGUUAUUCGCUCAGGCGGUAUAGACCCCGCUAAGCGAUAUAGAAGACGCAGUUUCAACGGACUGGAAGGAGACAACAACGUUACCUCCGCCAUGGCAUCAUUGCAGUCUCGCCCUGUGGUGAACCCGCAGCGCAGCUAUGCCUCCGUAGCAGCAGGCGGUCCUUCCAAAGCACCUGAGCCUAACAGGCGGCAAGCUCCAUCUCCUCUGUCGCACCCGGUCUCCCCAUCAGAGCCUGCAAGCCCUGCGAAGGCACCUGUACUACCUAGCACAGCGAUGCAACACCUCAACGCUGUGAACGACAAGGACAAGGGAAUGAAGUCCCGGCUACGCAGGGCCUUUUCUUUUGGAAGCGCAGCUGAGCUUCGAAAGGCUUCUGCUGAGAAUAACAUCUCGGCAGAGCGUGCAAGAUUGAGGAAAGACAAGUACCAGAACGACGAGGAUGCCGAACAAGCGGCGAUUAUCGCAAAGCAAGAGGCGGCAGGUAUUGGCGCUGGCAUCUACUCAGGACAGGGUGGCAUAGGCUCUACUGACAACCUCUCAAUACAGUCAGCCGCGUCGUCUGCAUCGGUCAUGCUCCGCAAGAUGGGCCAUGGGAUGAAGAAGGGCACAAAAUCCAUCAAGGGCCUCUUCAGGCCAAAGUCGGUCAUUGGAGUCCCUGCCGCCGAUGGUCCUAUCACUAGACCCAGCGUGGGUCAGGUGUCUCUUGUCACCGUCGAGGCUGAGAGACAAAAGGUCAAUGUCAACGCAAACCCUCACGAGCAGAUCGGAGGUGGCACUGGCUAUCCUAGAUUGGAGCGCAAUUCGAUUGACGCAGGACGGUCCGCCGAGAUUGUAAACCCCUCUGCGUUGGGCAACGAGGCUAUGUCAAGGAAGAGCAUCGUUGGGUCCGAUCGUGAUCGUGCGGAGGUCCUUUCCUCGAUGAAGAAGGGCAUCCUGAAACGCACCGGUACAAACUCAGAUUCAGGUUCACCUGUUCUGAAACCCGUCGAUGCCGUCCCCAAUGUGGGCUCAUCAAGAUCUAGCUCCCCUGCCACGCCAAAAACAGAGGUUGGGCAAGCUCGCAACGAUGACUACUUCGGCAAACCACCGCGUAUCCCCAACGGCAGCACGAGGAGUCUUCCUACCACACCUCACGGAGGUCUUCGAAACAUCAGUUUUAGCCCACGCAUUCAAUUCCACGAUGCAUGGUCACCACAGGACUACGAUCGUAGAGGCGACAUCGCAACGUGUAAUAGGCUUACACCGAUGCUUGCGCAACAGAUCAAGGAGGAACUGAACUCCUUUAAGAUGGAGAUGGAAGUUCACGAGCUCUCGAAACCACACACCCAUUUCUUCUAA